AUGGCGGCGUCCAGUGACAUUGAAGAGGCACGGGCGUGGAUAGCGCGUUCGCGCGAGGUCCUUGCUCGCCAUGCGCCGCAACGGCCGCUUGGCGCGGCGGCCGACGGACCAUGGGCUGGCGAACCGAACCAGGCUCAGCCGCGCUAUGGCUCGCAGGCACGUCCUGGUGGCUAUGGACGACAGGUAGAGGCAGAAGGUGUGAGUCAUGCUCCUCAGCAGCAUGUUUACCUGCGUGGUGAAGGCUACAACCCACCGGGCGUAGCUACUCGCGCGCCGCCAUCGCGGACGCUAGCGGCCACGCCGCUGGCCGAGCUCCCGGGCGCGGCGCAUCGCCCGACAGUUGGCUCGUCGUACUUGUCGUUGGCGCGACUGUCGUCGGCACCAUCUGCCCAGCGAUCGCGGUAUGCCCUGGAUCCGCCAGCUGGCGACGUGUGGCGGACGCCGUUUGGUGAGAUCGACGUGGUCAUGUCCGUUCCCCGAGUCCGGGACCGCCCGUCGACAGUUGCUUCACCGAUCAUGAAGUCUCUCUCCUCGCGAGUGGAUGCGGCGCAAGCCACCGUUGUUGCCUCGCAGUCAGUCCUCAACCGGGUGUAUGCCGGCCAUGCCGGCGAGAGCCAGCCGACCCCGGCCGAGGUUGCCCGCGGCGACGCGUUGUCCGGCCACGCCUUUGGCCGACCGGUCCGGUCUAUGGUCUCCAAAGCCAUCCAAACCGAGCCGGAGUCCAAGUGGAAGACCUCCGUGGCGACGUCGACUGACGGUGGCGCAUAUCCGCCGACGGAGCGGGUCCUGACCCGGUCGCAAGCAACGCGCUCGGUUAUCGACAAGUCGCAGUCGCUCCUCUCGUCGUACUCGGGCGAUGUACCGCCAUCGGGUGCAGUGGCGUCGACCACGUUUGUGGCCUCGGUCUCGCCGCAAGGUCCGACUCCUGCCUCGCAGCAGACAGCUCAGUCGCCUCGGCCGUGUGCCGCCACUCGGGUUCCGCGCAUGUCGGCGCCGACGCCGUCCAAAUACCUUUUAUCUGCCAACGACGCGGUUGAUCCGGAGCGCACAUUGUCGCCUUAUCGUGGCUUGCCCGACGCUAUGCGGACAGCCGCCAAGGUGCUGUCGUCGUCGCGUGGCGGCUCGUCGUCGUAUGUGCAGUCGCGGUUCCCGCCGCCGUCGCGGGUCCACGACCUGCCGUUCCCGCGACUGGCGCUUACACCACUUGCCGACCGCCCACUCUCGCCAUCGUCGCUGCGGCGAUCGGUGGACGCAUCGGCGGCAAUCGGCGUCAACGAGGCGCUGGAUGCCGAGGCUGCGGCACGGCGACUCGAGUUUACGUCGUCGGCCCGCGGUGCGCAUCCGGUUGCGCGCUCGCUCGCCGACUCGGUUGCUCUCGGAAGUGCUGCCAAGGCGGCGUCGUCGGUGUUGAGCGCUGAGGCAAGCCAAGAUGCAGCGACCCGUGCGCGGGCUCGUGACAUUGUUUAUCAGCGUGAUGUCCAGGCUGCGCGCGACGCCGACGAUCAAGUGCUACAGCUCGAGCGCCAGCUGGAACAGCUCCAGCGCGAUAAGCACGAGCUCCACGUACUCAACGCCACGCUUCAGCAUGAGCUGCUACAGACAUCGACAUGACCAAAGCGCUCAAACUCAGACGGGGCUAUCGAAGACCCAUAGGUCACUGGAUGAUACCGCCCCGGGCGGCUGAUAGACUGUGAUCUUGGGACUCUCAAGCUCUGGGUUGCUUGCCACCCUCGUCUGCGAGCUCGAGCCGCGUCUGCUGUUGCGCACGGCCUGAACGGUGAUGCGUGGAAUGCGACCGGCCGAU